UGCUCGCGACAGUGCACUAUGAAGGGCACGAAACACGUGCCUCUAUAAACAAAUGUAAUCCAGUGUAGUCAAAUGUUUUUACUGUAGUUUGCUGAUCACUUUAGGCUAUUUAUUAGCUACACAUGACUCCCGUAAAUAGUGCCGGAAAACUGAACUCACUGAGAGGUUUAUUAACUAGGGCAAUCAGGAAGCGACGAAGUCUGCCUGCAAUGCUAGCGCUGCAGAUAGCAAUAUAGCUCCGUGGUGCAACGUUGGUUCAUCUGACAGUGUUGACCUUGCAGUAGUUAUGGGUUCAUUAGGGUCCUGAUUGAACGAGCACGUCAUGGCGACGGAGGCUGCGGUCUCCACCCCUGGUCAUCCAGCAAUCCCCAGCCAUGCUCAGGGGGACUAUCACUUUGUCCGUUCCUUUGUGGCGGGAGGUGUAGCUGGAUGCUGUGCCAAAUCCACCAUCGCUCCUCUGGACAGAGUGAAGAUCUUACUCCAAGCCCACAGCCCCCACUACAAAGACCUGGGAGUGCUAGCCACUCUCCGUGCAGUGCCAAAGAAGGAAGGUUACCUGGGGCUGUAUAAAGGCAACGGCGCCAUGAUGGUCAGGAUAUUCCCCUAUGGAGCCAUCCAGUUCAUGGCCUUCGACAAGUACAAGAAAGUCCUCAGUAAACAGCUGGGCAUCUCUGGACACAUCCACCGGCUCAUGGCAGGUUCACUGGCAGGGAUGACAGCGGUGAUAUGUACCUACCCUCUGGAUGUGAUCAGAGCUCGUCUGGCGUACCAAGUCAAAGGACACCAUCGCUACACUGGCAUCGCAAACGCCUUCCAGACAAUAUACAUAAAGGAAGGAGGAAUCCCAGGCUUCUACAAGGGGCUGACCCCAACCCUCAUUGGCAUGGCUCCAUACGCAGGGUUCUCCUUCUUUACCUUUGGCACGUUGAAGAGUCUCGGUCUGACCCACUUCCCCGAGCUGCUUGGACGACCGUCCUCAGACAAUCCAGAGGUGCUGGUGCUGAAGACCCAUGUCAACCUGCUGUGUGGAGGGGUGGCUGGGGCUAUCGCACAGACAAUAUCAUAUCCUCUGGAUGUUGCCAGGAGACGGAUGCAGUUGGGUGUGGUGCUCCCUGACUCUGAGAAAUGUCUCACUCUGACCAAGACGCUGAAGUAUGUGCACCACCAGUAUGGGGUGAAGAAGGGUCUGUACCGAGGCCUGUCUCUCAACUACAUCCGAUGUGUGCCCUCUCAAGCCGUGGCCUUCACCACCUACGAGUUCAUGAAGCAGACCCUGUACCUCAACUAGCUGCUGUCACAACCGGAUCGCCAACGUAGGGACCCGUUCAGUAGUGAGAAGACAUCCUUACAUUUCCCCCCAAAUAAUGUCUGUCUUGAAGCAGCCUGAGCGGGGGGGGGGGGGGGGGGGGCUGCUUGUGCUGUAUGUUUUGAGAGCUUUAGCAACCGCCCUGAAUACCUCCUGCAAAAAUGUGCCCGCAAAUGAAUUGAUUUGACAUGUAGUUUCAAAACGUUCAUCAGUCCCUUGAGUGUUCCCUAGUGGGCGUGUUCAUUGAUCCAAGGAAACAUGCUCUUUAUUCGGUGAUGGUGGUCGUCGCGGCUCCGUCACUGGAGUUGAGGUCGUUGGGAAGGCUGCGGAAUGCUGGGAACAGGCCCGCAUUGGCAGUGUCUCCGUCUUGAAACAUCUCAACCUGUGGCAUGGCUUUGGACAUGUCAGAAACUAUUGCCGUGGAUACCUACAUACAAUGCUGCCGCCCCCCUUCGAUGGGUUACUAUGGGCAGUGAACCCAUAACAACUGUGUUUGGUAAUGCCAUAGCAACCCAACCGCUUGCUCCUUAGGCGUCAUCCAGAUAAUGUCAAGGGGAAGAUCACAGGGGCAUGUCUGUCUUGUCCAAUCCCUGGUCUCCUUUUCCUCGUGUACAUGUGUUGUUGUGAGUACAAAUUUAAACACAGAGCAAUUAAAUGUUAAAUGUGUAAUAUGUAGAUUAUAGGACACGUAAAAAAAAAAAAAAAAA